AUGACCUAUCCCACAAUCUGUUGUGCAAAUCAGAUGGAUAGCCUUUACAAACUGAUAGAGUCAAGAAAAUCAGAUUUUUCAUCCCACGAAGACACAUGGAAUGAAGUGGAUAUCUUAUCAGAUAAAAGAUUUUCUUACCCUGUACGUGUUGGGGCUCAAGAUGGGAUGAUGGAAGCUGACAAAAUUGAGAGUUUGCCAGGACAGCCUCAAGGAGUGGACUUCAAUCAAUAUGCAGGUUAUGUAACAGUGGAUCCAAAGGCCGGAAGAACGCUGUUUUACUAUUUUGUGGAGUCACCUCAAAAUUCUUCCUACAAGCCUCUGCUCCUGUGGCUCAAUGGAGGACCAGGGUGCUCAUCACUUGGAUAUGGAGCCAUGGAAGAACUGGGACCUUUCAGAGUCAACAGUGAUGGAAAGACACUGUUUAGAAACGAAUAUUCCUGGAACCAAGUGGCAAAUGUAUUAUUCCUAGAGUCCCCAGCAGGGGUAGGGUUCUCAUACUCGAACACGACCUCUGAUUACAGAAACACGGGUGACAAGAGCACAGCCGCAGAUUCUUAUACAUUCCUUGUAAACUGGCUAGAAAGAUUCCCUCAAUACAAAAACCGAGAUUUCUAUGUAACGGGAGAAAGCUAUGCAGGUCAUUAUGUACCUCAGCUUGCUUACACUAUAAUUUCAAUGAACAAGAACACAAAUCAAACAUCAAUUAAGCUCAAAGGCAUUGCGAUUGGAAAUGCAUGGAUAGAUGACAAUACUAGUAUCAAGGGGAUUUAUGACUUUUUAUGGACUCAUGCUUUGAACUCAGAUGAAACCAAUGCGGGGAUCAACAAGUACUGCGAUUAUGUCACUGGUAACUUUUCAGACCUUUGCCACAAGUAUCGACGCAAAGGAGGUCAGGAGGCUGGAAAUCUAGACAUCUAUAACAUUUAUGCUCCACUUUGUCAUAGUUCCACACCAAAAUCUAUUCCUGGUUCAGUGAAGGAAUUUGAUCCUUGUUCUGGAGAUUAUGUAUACUCCUAUCUAAAUCUUGCCAAGGUGCAACAGGCACUUCAUGCUAUCAACACGUCCUGGUCACCUUGCAGUGACCAUGAAUACAAAGACAGCCCGACAACGAUUCUACCCAUAAUCAGAAAGCUUAUAGCUAGCGGCAUUAGCAUAUGGGUUUACAGUGGAGACAUGGAUGGACGAGUUCCAAUAACAUCAUCAAGGUACUCCAUAAACACUUUGAAUCUUCCAGUAGAAACCGCUUGGUAUCCGUGGUACACUAACCAAGAGGUAGGAGGAUAUGUGGUUCAGUACGAAGGAUUGACGCUGUUGACAGUGAGGGGAGCUGGGCAUACAGUUCCGAGUUACCAACCAGAACGUGCAUUAACUAUGAUCUCAUCUUUCCUUCAGGGGAAAUUACCACCAUCCUCUUAA